AUGCAAUUGGCAUCAAUAAGCUUUCUUUGUAGAAAAGAUCAAGACAAUUUGGAACACAUUCUUUGGAAUUGUGAUUAUGGUCAAAUCCCGUGGAAAUGGAUUGGUGGUAUUUUCGCUUUUAAAAAUCCUGAAUCAUUUGAAGAUAUAAUGAAUGCCUGCAAUAGGAAAAGUUAUGUUGUACAGGAAAUUUGGUAUAUUGCAGCUUUCAAUGUUAUAGUGGACAUUUGGUUUAGAAGGAACAAAGUUUACUUUGAGAAUGUUACCCCUAACAUUUCAGCAGCUAAGAAGAAAAUAUCAAGAAUAAUUAAAGACUGUGAAAUCAGAAUCAAGGGAGAUAUUUUUAACUCUACUUAUGAUCUGCAAAUUUUAAAAAUUUUCAAUUUGAGUUGCAGAAAAGUUAAAAACUUCAGAAUUAUUGAUUGCUUCUUUUAUCUACCUGAACCUGAUUGUACAUUGCUUUGCCGUGAUGGUGCUUCUAAAGGGAGACCUGGGAAUUCUGGCUAUGGAUUCAUUGCAAGAAAUAAUGAAGGAAAUUUUUUGGCAGCUGAAUGUGGUGGUCUUGGUGUAUCUACCAACUAUGUUGCAGAGAUUAUGGGUACUAUUAAUGCUCUGGAAUGGGUAGUGAAAAAUCUUAAAGACAAGGUAAUUAUAACCUUUGAUUCUAAAGAUGCUAUUUCUGCUUUCAGCAAGAACAAACUUCCAUGGUUUAUCUGGAAUCGUUGGAUCCAUAUCUGUAGCAAGUUAUCAGCUAUUCACUUUAACCAUGUGUAUAGACAAAUCAAUGUCUCAGCUGCUUUCUUUGCUAAGAAAGGAGUAAAUUUAGCAAAAGGCCAAGUUAUGAAGUUCAAUGAAAGACCUUCAAACAUGAAGAGAAUGGAAUUCCCAGAUAUUACAUAUUACAGAUUUGUGUAA